CAGCGACCGAGCACGAUGGCGGCCUUCUCGCUCGGUGACCUCCACAUCAACGAGGCUGGAUGGGGCCCUGAGGGCGGUCCCAAGAAGUUUGAGGGCAUCCCGUAUCAGCCCUUCCGCAAGACGGAUCGCAUUGCCACCGCUGCUGACUUUGUCUCCAGCAUGGGUCCCCGCGCUGCGCGCACGAACCGCAUUUACGGCGAUGGUGAAGCCUUUGCCUAUUACCACGACGAUGACAGUAGCUUCCGCCUCGUGGACACGGCCAAGGCCCGCCCCACCUUCCGCACCCAGAAGAAGUGGCAGAACAAGAACCGCCGUCACGUCCGAACAGAUCCCAACCGCGGCGUUCAGCAACUCGCAUACAACAAGAACCGCGAGCGCGAUCGUCGGGCACUCGAGCGCAAGCUGCAAAAGAAGUGGGGACAGACCGCCCAGCGCCGCUUCGACCGCAACAUCAGCCGCAAGCUCGAGGCAUCUCUCGAUGUCCGACCCAGCUGGGAGCUUCUCGAGGACAUUGAAUUUGCCAAGUUUGCCAAGUUCAAAACCGCCAUUCCCGAGGUGUCUGACUAUAAGAAGGCGGGUGAACUGUACUUCUUGGACCAGGCCAAGGAGAAGACUGUGCCGAAGCGCCCUGUUGAGGUCCCCCCGGACUUUACUGGAGAGUACGACCCCUUCAGUGUGCCCGCUUCAGAAGAUCCCGUGCUCCAGAAGAUUGAUCGCAUUGGCCGUGCCAACGUGUUUGCGACGGACGACGUCUUGGCUACGUUCAUGGCCGCUACCCGCAGCCACUACUCGUGGGAUAUUGUUGCCACCAAAAAGGAUGGCAAGAUUUACUUUGACAAGCGCCCGGGUGCCGUCAUUGACAUGCUUUCUGUGGACGAGACUGCUUUCCAGCCGCCCAGCGAUGAGGGUGACUCGCCCAACGCGCCCGGUAACCUCUCCGUGGAGGCUACCCAUGUCAAUCAGAUGUUCAAGGAUUUUGCCGUCAACAAAUCGGGUCCCAAGAAGGAAAUGAAGUCUGCUCACGACUUCAAGGAGGAGGCUGACAUGUCUGUGGCCUACCGGUACCGCGUCUGGGAUCUGGGAUCUGGCAUUCAGCUGGCGGCACGCACGCAGCAUGAUGCCAUGGCCACCGGCAAGGAUGGCAAGUCAGAGUACUGCUCAGUCAACACGCUGCUGGAGCGCGUGGGCAAGGGCACGACCCUCGACUGGCGCACUGUGUUGGCCUCGCAGAAAACCGCCGUUUUGGCCUCGCAGCUCAAGGACAACGCUUUCAAGCUUGCACGAUGGACCAUCUGCAGCCUUUUGGGUAACAACUCCACCAUGCGCCUGGGCUACGUUUCGCGUGCCAAUCCGGCCUCGCCUCGCAAGCACGUCUUGCUCAAGGUUGACUCCUUCCGCACGGAGAAGUUUGCGGAACAGAUUGGCGUCAACAUGGCCAACGGUUGGGGCAUCGUCAAGUCGAUGAUUGUGCGCCUGCAAAAGCACGGCGAUGGUCAAUACGUCCUCAUGAAGGACCCCGGAGAGCCCAUGCUCAAGAUGUACCGCCUUCCCGAGGAAGGCCUAGCAGAGGGCAUUGAGGAUGAUGGCACUGAGGAUGGCCAGUCUUCGUCCAUGGCUGCGGGCAUUUUCGGCGGCUCAGCCAACAUGUAGUAAACACAUGUUUGAUGCGCUCUGAUUUCUCACCUCGUUCAUGGAGGAUGAGUAAAGCAAAGCUUUGUUUUUCUACCUUACCUUUCAAAACAGCCAUGGAGAACUGUAUAGCACUUCAUGCCUUCUUUUCCUUCGGGGGUCUGUUUGGUACAGCCGACGCAGUGUUGUUCGUUUGUGUGGCCCGUCAGUUGUCAACCACUCCUUUGGUAAUCAUGGGGCAGCUGUCUGCUAGGAUUCUCUAACAAAAAAAAAUCAAUAUUGAAAUUCU